CCCACCGUCCAGGGUCCUCAUUUGACUGGGUGUAAGUCCAGGGAACAGGAGACGUUUAGGUGUUGGUGGAGUCCCGGAAGCUUCCAGAAUCUCACGGAACCUGGAGCACUGCAAAUCCAGUACUGGAAGAAGUGAGCCGAGAGAGAGACCUGUGUGUGUGUGUGUGUGUGUGUGUGUGUGUGUGUGUGUGUGUGUGUGUGUGUGUGUAAAUAGUGUAAAGAGUCUGUGUGCUUUAUAUACCCCUGAAGUAUCUUAAGAAAUUAUUUAAGUUGUAUUCUCUUUUUAUCAAUGACUCAUGUGGACUUGAGAGUAGGGGUGUGCCGAUCUCAUCAUACUCAUAUUCGUAAUCUUAUCCGUUUUAUCACACUUGAUACUCGUGAUCGGAUUUACUCGUGAUCGGAAAAUCUGGAAGUGUGCUUUAAAUGCCGUUAAAGCCUAUACCUCAAAUGAGCAUUACUGCACUGACACUCAGAGCACAUCGUCAUGUUCCUUCACUCACAUUACUGCACUGUCACUCAGAACACAUCGUCAUGUUCCUUCACUCACAUUACUGCCCUGUCACUCAGAACACAUCGUCAUGUUCCUUAACUCACAUUACUGCACUGUCACUCAGAACACAUCGUCAUGUUCCUUAACUCACAUUACUGCGCUGUCACUCAGAGCACAUCGUCAUGUUCCUUAACUCACAUUACUGCGCUGUCACUCAGAACACAUCGUCAUGUUCCUUCACUCACAUUACUGCGCUGUCACUCAGAGCACAUCGUCAUGUUCCUUAACUCACAUUACUGCGCUGUCACUCAGAACACAUCGCUAUGCUCCUUCACUCACAUUACUGCGCUGUCACUCAGAACACAUCGCUAUGCUCCUUCACACACAUUACUGCGCUGUCACUCAGAACACAUCGCUAUGCUCCUUCACACACAUUACUGCGCUGUCACUCAGAGCACAUCGUCAUGUUCCUUCACUCACAUUACUGCACUGUCACUCAGAGCACAUCGCUAUGUUCCUUCACUCACAUUACUGCACUGUCACUCAGAGCACAUCGCUAUGUUCCUUCACUCACAUUACUGCGCUGUCACUCAGAACACAUCGUCAUGUUCCUUCACUCACAUUACUGCGCUGUCACUCAGAGCACAUCGCUAUGCUCCUUCACUCAUUCACACACAUUGUUAAACGACCCCGACAGAUGAAAAUGCAUACUUACUUAGACCUAUAACUUUUUUUCAGAUCACGGCUAAUAAUACAAAAAUACUUGUGUCAUAAUCAUAUUCGAAAAUUCUCCAUAUCCGUUACGAUACUCGUUUUGUCAGAGUACUCGGCACACCCCUACUUGAGAGUAUACCUGCAUAGACUUCUAAAAUCUGUAUAAUAGACCUCUAAAAGACCUCUCUCUCUCUCUCCCUCUCUCUCUCUCUCUCUCUCUCUCUCUCUCUCCUCUCCCUCUCUCUCUCUCUCUCUCUCUCUCUCGCUUAGGAAUGACUUGACGAAGGAAUGGAAGGAGUGCCCUGACUACUCCUCCUCUGUGAAGAACGAGUGUUUCUUCAAUAAGAACAACACGGUUAUCUGGAUCAAAUACUGUGUGCGGCUCCACUCUGAAAGCCAGAACAAAACCUACGAUACCUUGUGCUUCGAAUUGCAGGACAUCGGUGAGGGCACAACAGAGACAUGCUAAUAUGUGCUGUUAUAGUUAACACUUAGUUGAUAGCCUCUAGACACUUCUUUAUGCCCAGAUGCAGAACUGAAGGAUCUGAAUGGGUCCGACUGGCUUACCAACUGGGUGGGGUCAUCAGUGGCUUCAUUUUCUGGAAGCCACUGAUGUCUUUUAAGAAAUACACAACUUGACUGUUUGAAAUACACAAUUGUCAUCAAGUCUCAGUCUUGAUGUCGUCAGUGGCAGUUGACUUUAACACGUAGUUGCUUCCAUCUACCUGAUUGGUUGAGGGGCCAUCCAAACGUGUCGUGGGACGAGGAGUUGAUUACUGUUUCAUUAAAUCAUGUUGACGGAAGUAAUUGGGUUGACAUGAAAACCUGCAAGCACACUGGGUUCCCAGGAGGACCAGGAGCAGGAAGGCCUAGAAGGCCAACACGUUAUCACUAUCUGCCAGAAACAGCAGGACAACAACAUUGUCCUGUUGCAUGUUGGUCAAUGUCAGACCAUACCCACACAGUUAGAUGCUCCCACAGUUUUAAGAUACUGUACCUAAUUUGGACCUCUGUGGGUCCUUUACCUAACAGUGGGAAUAUGUGUGGAAAUGAAAUAUUGCAUGUAAAGCAGCAAGUGUUGUUAUUAUUCAGGGAGGUUUCACACCGACUGGACUAGUGGACACAGGUACACUGGCAGGGACACAUGUUUCAGUCAUGCUUUUCUGAUGCAAGGUGGACAGUGUGAUAGACAUUGUCUAUAGCAGGGUUCCCUAACUGGCGGCCCGCGGGCCAAAUUUGUGAUUUUAUUUGGCCCCCCAAGUAAAAGUCAUAAAUGAACUCAUAAUUAAAUAAUUUAUUUUACAAUUUUCGUUGUUGGACAUCAAAGACUGUAAAAUCACCAGGAAAUAAUCUUUAAGUGAUUUUAAUGUAGGAAAUCUGUUGCUAAGUGUUCCCAUAGAGACACGUGAACGUAUCCCAAUGUAAUCAAGGUUUGAAAUUAUGUUUUGUAAAAUACUAUAUCUGUUUGGGCUUCUUGCGGUCAAUUGGCAGUGUACAAAUUAUUUAUAAUUAUGUUCUGACCCCCUGACCCUCCACUCAUGAAAAAAUCAGGCCGUGGCUGAAUGUAGUUGGGGUCUAUAGACUAGCAUGGGGAUGUGAGACUCUGGGAGCCGCAGGGGGUACAAGCUUUGUUCCAGUCCAGCUCAAAAACACAUGAUUAAACUAAUUGUGGUCUAUGUUGAAGACAAUUCUAAAUUGGUCUCAUCAGAGCAUUAUGCAGAUGGAGAAAGAAGCCACUUCAGACUAUUAAAAUACACCCAAAGUCCUGUCACUAGAUUGGUCAUUUGUUGGCCAGUCAUUCAUAUACUGACCUUUGCCCUUUCACCCCUACCAGUGCACCCUGACCCCCCGGUGGCUCUGAAUUGGACACUGCUAAACAUCAGCCGGUCAGGCCUGAACUAUGACAUCAUGGUGAGCUGGGAACCCCCGCCCUCUGCCGACGUAUCCGUUGGAUGGUUGACACUGGUGUAUGAAGUCCAGUACAGGAGAAGGAACAGCUCACACUGGAAAGUGGUGAGUCACAGGCACACUCACACACACACACACAACCUGACGGCACUUCCAGCCUAUUACCCAGCAGCCUCUGCAGCUUUGAUGGGGCCGUAGCGGAAGCCAGAGCUAGGCCUUCUGGCGAAAACAUGGUCUUGAUGAGGGGCAGGGGUCAGAGGAGUUAGAGGGCAAGGCCAAGGGAGGUCACUGACAGAAAUACCCCCAGAUCAACCUCUCAUAAAGACACAAACAAGUAGAGAGAUCCUGUUGUUGACUGCCUCAAUCAACGACAGUGCCAAGUUUGUUUGUGGCACUGAAGACUGUUUAUAGAAGCUAAUUUAUUCUGAGACAUAAUCACUUUUUAUUUGAACAUUUCAUAGCUUUAGAUCGUAUUCCUCUCUUACAAAGUUUUUUCCCAUUUCUCCCUCUCCCCCUUCCCCGUCUCCCUCUCUCUCUCAGUUGGAGCAUGAGUUUGGCACCCAGCAGUCUAUCUACGGCCUUCAGACAGGAGAGGAGUACGAGGUGCGCGUGCACUGUGCAAUGAGGGCCUUCAAUAACUUUGGGGAGUUCAGUGAUGUCAUCUUUGUCCACGUGCCAGAGAUUCCCAGUAAAGGUGAGAGGUCAGGGUCGGGUUGGGGUCAGGCGAAGUCGGGCAGGGCAGGUUGGGGUCAGGCAGGGUGGCUCGGGUUGAAGCAGAGGGAAGAGGAGGGCCGGUGUUGUUUACACUAUUAAAUGUAGUUUUACAGAGACAGUGCACAUUAAUCAACAUUACUGCAAAAUUUUUUGACGUACCGAUCCCAUGGCAUAGUGUUUAUGAACUGAUACGCAAAACAACGCUGGAUUCAAAACGUAGAAUUUUUCAAUUUAAAUUAUUAUAUAAAAUUCUUGCUACCAAUAGAAUGUUAUUUAUAUGGGGGAUACAAUCUUCCCAGCUCUGCAGAUUUUACUGCGAAGAGACAGAAUCAUUAGAUCAUUUGUUUUGGUACUGUCCAUUUGUAGCUUAUUUUUGGACACAGGUCCAGGAAUGGCUAAAGGAUUGCAAUAUUUACCUGAAGCUAACCCUGCAGAUAGCAUUACUGGGUGAUCUGAAAAGUCAUAGUCAAUCGAUCAAUAAUAUAAUACUUUUAGCAAAAAUGUUUAUUUUCAAUUUACAAUCUGUAGAAACAAUGAGAAUAGAAAGGUUCAGAACUUUUGUAAAACAUCACAGUACAGUUGAAAAAUAUAUGGCAAAUAGAAAUCCAAUAUGGAUGGUGUUAAGAGAUAGAUGGGUGGUGUUGAAUGGAGUUGAAGGAUGGGACUAAUAACAACUAACAACAGCUAAUAACAACAAGAUAACUAAUAAUGUAAGCAUACUGUGUCCAUAAUAAGUAUAUAGGUUAUAGGUUGAGAGCUUUUGUGAAAGAGCACAGUUAGAAAGAUAUGGCAUAUAGAAGCAAACCAGAUGGACAUCAUGAAAAUGAUCAGAGAGGUUGAGGGUAGAGGAAGUUCAGGAGUAAAAACAAACAAAAUAGAAUUAUUGUAAAAUUGAUUGUGUGUCACGGUUUCGGCCGAGGCUGCUCCUUCUCCUUGUUCGGGCAGGCUUCGGCGGUCGUCGUCUCCGGAGUACUAGCUGCCACCGUUCGUUGUUUCUGUGUUUGUUUGGUUUGGUCUGUUUUGGUACACCUGUUUCUCAUUUUGUCUUGAUUAUGUGUCCUUUAAGUUCUCGUUGUUUCUGUCUUGUGGUUGUGUGUAGUUGUUCCUUGUCAGCUGGUGCUUCCAGUCAGUUAGUGCUCUAUUUUGUAUUAGAUAGAGAGUCCGCACUUGUUGUGCGUGUUUGCUGUGUUUUGCAUUUAGACGCUGUGUGCGUUAGUUUUCUCGUUGCCUCCGGCUCUGUUUGUAGCCGUUCUUUUGUGGACUUUACUAAAGUAUUUUUGGACUAGCAUCUGUGUCCUGCAUCUGAUUCCUACACCACACCUACGCCCGCUCUGACAUUGUGUCCAUAAAGUGUAUAUAGUAUGUAUAAGCUGGAAGUAGAGGCCUAAGCAUUGUUGUUCACUAGUUUGCUCCAAUUAGGGAAGGGGUGGUGGGGUUGGAGGGUAAUAAAGGGAAAUAUAUAUUUUUUAAGGAUAUGUAUAUGUAUGUGUAUAUAUGUAUGUAUGUAUAUAUAUAUGUAUGUAUGUAUAUAUGUGUGUGUAUGUAUGUAUGUAUGUAUGUAGUAUGUGUGUCUAUAUAUAUAUAUAUACACAGUGGGGAGAACAAGUAUUUGAUACACUGCCGAUUUUGCAGGUUUUCCUACUUACAAAGCAUGUAGAGGUCUGUAAUUUUUAUCAUAGAUACACUUCAACUGUGAGAGACGGAAUCUAAAACAAAAAUCCAGAAAAUCACAUUGUAUGAUUUUUAAGUAAUUAAUUUGCAUUUUAUUGCAUGACAUAAGUAUUUGAUCACCUACCUACCAGUAAGAAUUCCGGCUCUCACAGACCUGUUAGUUUUUCUUUAAGAAGCCCUCCUGUUCUCCACUCCUUACCUGUAUUAACUGCACCUGUUUGAACUCGUUACCUGUAUAAAAUACACUUGUCCACACACUCAAUCAAACAGACUCCAACCUCUCCACAAUGGCCAAGACCAGAGAGCUGUGUAAGGACAUCAGGGAUAAAAUUGUAGACCUGCACAAGGCCGGGAUGGGCUACAGGACAAUAGGCACGCAGCUUGGUGAGAAGGCAACAACUGUUGGCGCAAUUAUAUAGAAAAUGGAAGAAGUUCAAGAUGACGGUCAAUCACCCUCGGUCUGGGGAUCCAUGCAAGAUCUCACCUCGUGGGGCAUCAAUGAUCAUGAGGAAGGUGAGGGAUCAGCCCAGAACUACACGGCAGGACCUGGUCAAUGACCUGAAGAGAGCUGGGACCACAGUCUCAAAGAAAACCAUUAGUAACACACUACGCCGUCAUGGAUUAAAAUCCUGCAGCGCACGCAAGGUCCCCCUGCUCAAGCCAGUGGAUGUCCAGGCCCGUCUGAAGUUUGCCAAUGACCAUCUGCAUGAUCCAGAGGAGGAAUGGGAGAAGGUCAUGUGGUCUGAUGAGACAAAAAUAUAGCUUUUUGGUCUAAACUCCACUCGCCGUGUUUGGAGGAAGAAGAAGGAUGAGUACAACCCCAAGAACACCAUCCCAACCGUGCAGCAUGGAGGUGGAAACAUCAUUCUUUGGGGAUGCUUUUCUGCAAAGGGGACAGGACGACUAGACCGUAUUGAGGGGAGGAUGGAUGGGGCCAUGUAUCGCGAGAUCUUGGCCAACAACCUCCUUCCCUCAGUAAGAGCAUUGAAGAUGGGUCGUGGCUGGGUCUUCCAGCAUGACAACGACCCGAAACACACAGCCAGGGCAACUAAGGAGUGGCUCCGUAAGAAGCAUCUCAAGGUCCUGGAGUGGCCUAGCCAGUCUCCAGACCUGAACCCAAUAGAAAAUCUUUGGAGGGAGCUGAAAGUCCGUAUUGCCCAGCGACAGCCCCGAAACCUGAAGGAUCUGGAGAAGGUCUGUAUGGAGGAGUGUGCCAAAAUCCCUGCUGCAGUGUGUGCAAACCUGGUCAAGACCGUAUGAUCUCUGUAAUUGCAAACAAAGGUUUCUGUACCAAAUAUUAAGUUCUGCUUUUCUGAUGUAUCAAAUACUACUGUCAUGCAAUAAAAUGCAAAUGAAUUACUUAAAAAUCAUACAAUGUGAUUUUCUGGAUUUUUGUUUUAGAUUCCGUCUCUCACAGUUGAAGUGUACCUAUGAUAAAAAUGACAGACCUCUACAUGCUUUGUAAGUAGGAAAACCUGCAAAAUCGGCAGUGUAUCAAAUACUUGUUCUCCCCACUGUAUAUAUAUAUAUUUGCGAGAAAAAAAACAUAUGGGGGAUUGGAAGUGAUGCUGACAAUUACAUUGAUGGAAGUUACAAUCUAUCUGCAAUAUUAAAGCUGAUCUACCCCCUAAUUUUUUUUAAAUAAAUAAAUAAAAUAAAAUAAAAUAAAAAAUUACUGUAAAAGUGCCUGUUUUAGCCAGAUGGUAAAUUUUCAACUGCAGUCCCUGGGAACAAACAUGGCAGCCAUCUUGUGCAAGGAUAAGAUAGUAUUACUACAUAAUGACAAUUGUUAAAUAAGUGUCUUCAUUAUAAGAUACGUAUAUGUUGGUGAUAAGGAUGAUGAUGAAGUUGAUGAUGAUGCUGGUCCAUGAUGAUGAUGAUGAUGAUCCUGUUCUAGAGUCCACGUUCCCUGUGACUCUGGUCCUGAUCUUUGGGGCUGUGGGCCUGUCCAUUCUCCUCAUACUUAUCAUCUUCUCUCAGCAGCAGAGGUGAGGACAUGCACGCACACACACACACAUGCACACACACGCAUGCACGCGCACACACACACACACACACACACACACACACACACACACACACAUACACACACACACACACACACACAGUCAUCUUCAUCUCCUCUCUCCCUCUUACUCUUCCUCUCAGACUGAUGGUGAUUCUGCUGCCUCCUGUCCCUGCACCCAAAAUCAAAGGGAUAGAUCCAGCACUGCUUAAGGUAAGACCACAAACACUGCAUACGUGUGUGUGUGUGUGUGUGUGUGUGUGUGUGCGCGUGCGUGCGUUUUUCUUGUGAGUAGGUGUGAUCAAGUAUUUAGGAUGUGAAAACAAGUGUGAAUUGUUAUGACUCAGAGUGCAUUACAGAUUAUUACACUCAACAAAAAUAUAAACGCAUUCGACAAUUUCAAAGAUUUGAUUCACAGUUCACGUAAGGAAAUCAGUCAAUUGAAAUAAAUUAAUUAGGCCUUAAUUCAUGGAUUUCACAUGACUGGGAAUACAGAUAUACAUCUAUUGGUCACAGAUACCACAGAAAAAGUUGGGUCGUGGAUCAGAAAACCAGUCAGUACCUGGUGUGACCACCAUUUGCCUCAUGCAGCGCGAUACAUCUCCUUUGCAUAGAGUUGAUCAGGCUGUUAAUUGUGGCCUGUGGAAUGUUGUCCCGCUCCUCUUCAUUGGCUGUGUGAGGGUGCUGAAUAUUGGCGGGAACUGGAACACGGUGUCGUACACGUCGAUCCAGAGCAUCCCUAACUUGCUCAAUGGGUGACAUGUCUGGUGAGUAUGCAGGCCAUGGAAGAAUUGGCAUUUUCAGCUUCCAGAUAUUGUGUACAUAUCCUUGUGACAUGGGGCCGUGCAUUAUCAUGCUGAAACAUGAGGUGAUGGCGACGGAUGAAUGGCACGACAAUGGGCCUCAGGAUCUCGUCAUGGUAUCUCUCUGCAUUCAAAUUGCCAUCGAUUAAGUGUAAUUGUGUUCGUUGUCCGUAGCUUAUGCCUGCCCAUACCAUAACCCCACCGCCACCAUGGGGCACUCUGUUCAUAACGUUGACAUCAGCAAAUCGCUCGCCCACACGACGCCAUACACGCUGUCUGCCAUCUGCCCGGUACAGUUGAAACCGGGAUUCAUCCUUGAAGAGCACACUUCUCCAGCGUGCUAGUGGCCAUCGAAGGUGAGCAUUUGCCCACUGAAGUUCGUUACGACGCUGAACUGCAGUCAGGCUAAGACCCUGGUGAGGACGACGAGCGCGCAGAUGAGCUGUAUCAUUUAAUAAAUAAGUAUGUUCACCUUCCACGCUGCGCCUUGGUCCUCUAUAUCCGACGAUCGUGACAGAAGAUCCCACCAAUACAGGACCAAGCAGCGUGCCCAGGCAGGAGAGGAGAAGCGGCGCCAACCGGGCAGUCGUCGGACAGGCGAGGGGCACCCCCAAGAAAUUUUUAGGGGGGGGCACAUGGCAGGGACGACGUGGCCACUAGAGGCAGAUAAGGGGCGAGUUGGUGGACGAGGAGAGAAGGCCACCGGGUUACGGGAGCCAUUGGUGUAUAGAGGGAAGGAAAAUGUAGAGGCACGGCGAGAGGUACUGAAGUGUGUUGCCAGUCCGGUCCGGCCCGUUCCUGAUCCCCGUGUAAGGCCAGUGGUGUGUGUUCCCAGUACGGUCUGGCCUGUUCCUGUCCAUCGCGCCAAGCCUAUGGUGCGCGUCGCCAGCCCGGCCCGGCCCGUUCCUGCUCCCCGCACCAAACCUGUGGUGCGCAUCGCCAGCCCGGUCCGGCCUGUUCCUGCUCCCCGCACCAAGAUAGUGGUGCGCGUCGCCAGCCCGGCCCGGCCUGUUCCUGCUCCCCGCACCAAGCCAAUGGUGCGCAUCGCCAGCCUGGUCCGGCCUGUUCCUGCUCCCCGCACCAAACCUGUGAUGCGCAUCGCCAGCCCGUGCCCGUUUCACCGGUGCCUGGUCAGGUACCGGUCAGCUGCUCCACACCGGAGCCUGAGCAAUCCGCUCCACCGAAGUCCAGUCCAGCUCCAGCCAGUGGGGCUAGACCAGACUAGGGGCACUACGGGGGGGUUAGUAGAGGGUGGUGGUCAAUCCCGGAGCCGGAACCGCCUCCGAGGAGGAAUGCCCACCCAGCCCUCCCCUGUUCGGUGAUGUUUAGGCGCGGUCGCAGUCCGCGCCUUUAGGGGGGGGUACUGUCACGCCCUGGCUCUAGGGACUCUUUUAAGUUGAGCCAGGGUGUGUAGAGUUUAUGUUUUGUGCUCGUUGUGUCUAGUUUAGUUUUUGUAUAUCUAUGUUGGCCAGAGUGGUUCUCAAUCAGAGGCAACGAGUAUCAGCUGUUGCUGGUUGUCUCUGAUUGGGAACCAUAUUUAGUCAAGUGGUUUUCCCACAGUGUUUGUGGGAUCUUGUUCCGUGUUGGUUUGUGUUUUGCACCUGUGGACGUCACGUAUCGAUUUGUUGUUUUGUUCGUGUAUCAUUUAAUAAAUAAGUAUGUUCACCUUCCACGCUGCGCCUUGCUCCUCUAUACUCCUGAGUGGUGCAGUGGUCUAAGGCACUGCAUCGCAGUGCUAACUGUGCCACUAGAGAUCCUGGUUCGAAUCCAGGCUCUGUCGCAGCCGGCCGCGACCGGGAGACUCAUGGGCGGCGCACAAUUGGCCCAGCGUCGUCCAGGAUAGGGGAGGGAAUGGCCGGCAGGGAUGUAGCUCAGUUGAUAGAGCAUGGCGUUUGCAAUGCCAGGGUUGUGGGUUCGUUUCCCACGGGGGGCCAGUAUAAAAAAAAUUAAAAAAAUGUAUUCACUAACUGUAAGUCGCUCUGGAUAAGAGCGUCUGCUAAAUGACUAAAAUGUAAAUGGAUAUCCGACGAUCGUGACAGGUGGUUCCCAAUCAGAGGCAGCUGUAGCUCGUUGUCUCUGAUUGGGGUCCAUACUUAGGUAGCCUGUUGGCACUAGUGGGGUGUGGGAUCUUGUUCCGUGUUGAGGUAUGUUAUUUGUCUACCUUGGACGUUUCGUUUGUUGUUUUUGUCGUGUGUUCAGUACGUAAAUAAAUAUGAAUGCAUAUCACGCUGAGCGAGAGUCUGGCAAGAGGGAUGGAGGCCAUGAUCACGGGGGAGAGACAAGCCCAAAACAUUUUUAGGGGGGGCUCACACCGUGGACGACGAGGCAGCAGGAGGCCGCGAUAGAGCGGGUCAGCCGUUUUGCAGAGGAGGCCGCCAGAUUAAGGGGGUCAUUGGUUCAGAGGGAACAGAAGGAAAGUGUAGAGGCACGGCGAGAGGAGCUGGUUAGGCAGUGGUGCGUGUCGCCAGUCUGGUCCGGCCCGUUCCUGAUUCCCGCACUAAGCCAGUGGUGGGUGUUCCCGGUAUGGUUCGGCCCGUUCCUGCCCCGUGCACCAAGCCAGUGGUGCGCGUCGCCAGCCCGGUCCGACCUGUUCCUGUCCCUCGCACCAAGACAGUGGUGCGCGUCGCAUGCCCGGCCCGGCCUGUGCCUGCUCCCCGCACCAGGCCAGUGGUGCGCGUCGCCAGUCCGGUACAGCCCGUUCCUGCUCCCCGCACCAAGCCAGUGGUGCGAGUCGUCAGCCCAGUCCGGCCCAUUCCUGCUCCCCGCACCAAGCCAGUGGUGCGUGUGUCCAGUCCGGCACGGCCCGUGCCUGUUCCACCGGUGCCUGGUCCGGCACCGGUCAGCUGCUCCACUCCGGAGCAAUCCGCUCCACCGGGGUCCAGUCCAGCUCCGGUCAGCGGCUCCACUCCGGAGCCAGAGCAGUCCGCUCCACCGGUGCCUGAUCCAGUUCCGGUCAGCGGCUCCACCCCAGACCCAGACGUCAGCCCCUCUCCAGGUUCGGGGUCUCCCACACCAGGGUCCAGACAGGGCGUGGUACUUUGUGGGAGGAAGGAGAGAGGAAGCAGCGCGCCAAGGUCCAGACCAGACCAGGGGCGCAACGGGGAGGUGGAGAGUAAGUAGUGGUCACACCCGGAGCCGGAUCCGCCUCCAAGGCGGAAUGCCCACCCGGCCCCUACCAUGUUAGGUUUAUGUGGCGCGGUCGGAGUCCGUACCUUUGGGGGGGGGGGGGGGGGGGGGGUACUGUCACGCCCUGACUCUAGGGACUUGUAUUUGUUGAGUCAGGGUGUGUAUUUUCUGUUGGGUUUGUCUAUGUUAGUUUCUAGAUCGUUUAGAUCUAUGUUGGCCAGGGUGGUUCCCAAUCAGAGGCAGCUGUAGCUCGUUGUCUCUGAUUGGGGACCAUACUUAGGUAGCCUGUUGGCACUAGUGGGGUGUGGGAUCUUGUUCCGUGUUGAGGUAUGUUAUUUGUCUACCUUGGACGUCACGUUUCGUUUGUUGUUUUUGUCGUGUGUUCAGUACGUAAAUAAAUAUGAAUGCAUAUCACGCUGCGCCUUGGUCCUUCUCGUCCGUAAACGAUUGUGACAAACUGUAAAGUUUAGUAGAGGAAGAAUAAUGGUCCGGGGCUGUUUUUCAUGGUUCGGGUUAGGCCCUUUAGUUCCAGUUAAGGGAAAUCUUAAAGCUACAGCAUACUGUACAAUGACAUUCUAGACAAUUCUGUGCUUCCAACUUUGUGGCAACAGUUUGGGGAAGGCCUUUUCCUGUUUCAGCAUGACAAUGCCCCCGUGCACAAAGCGAGGUCCAUACAGAAAUGGUUUGUCGAGAUCGGUGUGGAAGAACUUGACUGGCCUGCACAGAGCCCUGACCUCAACCCCAUCAAACACCUUUGGGAUGAAUAGGAACGCCGACUGCAAGCCAGGCCUAAUCGCCCAACAUCAGUGCACAACCUCACUAAUGCUCUUGUGGCUGAAAGGAAGCAAGUCCCCGCAACAAUGUUCCAACAUCUAGUGGAAAGCCUUCCCAGAAGAGUGGAGGCUAUAGCAGCAAAGGGGGACCAACUCCGUAUUAAUGCCCAUGAUUUUGGAAUGAGAUGUUAGACGAACAGGUGUCCACAUACUCUUGGUGAUGUAGUGUACAUAUAGCCUUAUGUUCUACCACAUAUGAUGAAAACACAUCAUCUACAUUGAUGUUAAUUAAAAACGUUGUGGUUUGAGUAGGAAGUUGAACAUUGAGAUACUUGUUGUGUUUUUAUUAUUACUUUUAGUUAGUUCUCUAUUUUCUUUCUCUCUGCAUUGUUGGGUAAGCAUUUCACUGUUCGUCUACACCUGUUGUUUACGAAGCAUGUGACCAAGAAGAUUUGAUUUGAUUUGAUAUGCUCAUUGUGUCAUGGUGUCAUUGUGUUGGAGGUGUGCUGUUGAAAUGGGAUGUGGGCUGCUGUUGAUGAGGAACAUGUACUUUUCAAAACAGCCCCACCACUUGUACAGUAGCUUAAGUAUACCACUCUAUGAACAGGAAACCAAUCAAAGUGUCCCUAUGAACAGUAAACCACUCAAAGUGUCCCUAUGAACAGUAAACCACUCAAAGUGUCCCUAUGAACAGGAAACCACUCAAAGUGUCCCUAUGAACAGUAAACCACUCAAAGUGUCCCUAUGAACAGGAAACCACUCAAAGUGUCCCUAUGAACAGGAAACCACUCAGUGUCCCUAUGAACAGUAAACCACUCAGUGUCCCUAUGAACAGUAAACCACUCAAAGUGUCCCUAUGAACAGUAAGCCACUCAGAGUGUCCCUAUGAACAGUAAAUAAAACACAGUAAUAUGAUAGGACUGGACAUGACCAGGGCAUGCGCAUAUAAAUAGAAUCAAAAUGUUGUAUAUACUAAUAGGGUACACAUAAGGGCUUGGCAAUGAAACGCAAAGACCAUCAGUUUGGUCCUUGAAAAUACCUGGAGAUUUUUAUAGCCAAUUUAUAAACUCUCUCUCUGCUCCGCUAUACAUUUCCGUGGUCAGACAGAGUUCUAGAUGCUCCAAUACUAUUUUAUGGACUGGAUCUUAGUUACAACAGCAUAUACGGUACAACAUAUUGUAGAAUUUACAAUUGAGAAACAAUUGAUAAGAAGGAGGGUGAUAAUGACAGGAUAGGAUGAAUGUUAAUGUUUCCGAGGGGAAAAUUGUCUUCGAUACAUAGUACUGCUGUACAAAAAAAUAGAAACAGGUCAUUACCCACUCAACAUAUUGCACAUUAUCCCUGACAUACACAUUUUACACUUCUCAUAGCCACACACAUUCACAUACGUAAUUAUGUAUUUAUUUGACUUAUUUUACCUAGAGCCAGAAUUGCAAUGUAACCAUUACUUAAAAUACAUUUCUUUUAUACCUGCUCAAAACACAAAUACACACUCUCUCCCUCUCUCACUGCUUCAUUCUCCCUACCUCGCUCCCUCUAACACAUACAUACACUCACUCUCCCUCUUUCUCUGUCUCUCUGUUAGAUUCAUUUGUAUUUUAAGAAUAAUGACUAAAGGAUUUCACCCCAAAUACAGUAUAAAUGUGUGAACGGUGUUAAGAGUUAUAAUGUAGUGGCAACCCACUAACAGAGGGGGGCGGGACUAAACAUUCCAGGGUGAAGGGGACUGAGAAAACGGGUUAAAAAAAGCCUCCUAAAGGUGGGCGGAGCAAAGUGCCUUUGUGUGUCAAAGGGUAUAAAACAGUAUUUUGGCGCCAGAGCUCUCCAUGAAUAAAAAUACAGAUCAUUCUUGCUGGUUGUGGACCUUGAAUCAUUUAUGAUUAAAACCAGGGCCUUACAACCCCUGGUAAUGAUUCAAGCUUAGGUUGAAUUAGAGAUAGAAAUUCUCUUGACACUCUCACACUCAUUCCCUCACCCACACUUGAUCUCUCCCUUUCUUCUGUCUCAAACCCUUCUCUCUCUCUCUCUCUCUCUCUCUCUCUCUCUCUCUCUCUCUCUCUCUCUCUCUCUCUCCUCUCUCUCCUCUCCUCUCUCUCUCUCUCUCUCUCUCUCUCCUCGUCUCUCCUCUCGUCCUCUCCCCAUCUCUCUCUCGGUCUCCUCUCUCCUCGGUCCGCUCUUCUCGGGGCUCUCUCUCUCCUAAACGCCCCUCCAGAAGGGAAAGCUGGAUGAGCUGAACUUCAUCCUGAGUGGUGCUGGUAUGGGGGCUCUCCACUCCUACCCCCCUGACCUGUACCAGGACGAGCCCUGGGUGGAGUUUAUCGAGCUGGACGCAGACGAGCUUGAGCCUGGGGAGAAGGAGGACAACAAGAGCUCGGAUACACAGAGACUGCUGGGUCACAACAACCACCACGCAAACCAUGGCUGCUCUCACACCCUCAGGUACAUGAUGGAGCAGGCCUUGUUCAGCGAAAAAUGUCUGCAAUUAUACUAGGAAAGUGUCAAAGUGGACAGGAGCCUCUUUUGGAUGCAUGAAGCAGCAUUACAGUCAGUAGAGCUAGCAGUAGCUCUAGAUAACUCUACUCUCGAAAAGGAAAAAAAAAAGAAGAGAGAGAGGAGAAAGAAAGGGACAGAGCCCGCAGAGAGCACUGUUAGAACGCACCACCCUUCUCCACCACAGAUAGCAGUAAUAAAAUCAUUUUGAAUGGCGCCGUUCCCGACCGACUAAAAUACUAUCCCCUAUAACAAGUCCCCAAACCCCUAAGAGAGAUCUCCGAUUAUCGAAUGAUCACGCCCAAGCGAACGGAACACUACUGUCCUCCCCCUCAUCAUCACCAAAGCUCUCCAGUAAGACCCAAGAAUAGAGAAGAGAAGGUAGACAAGGAACAAACAAACAAAAAUAAAUUAAGAAAAACAAAAUAAAUAUGUGAAAAAAAAAAACGAAGAGACGAGAGAAAGAGGAAGAGUAGAGGGAGAGAAUCUAAGAGGAAAAAAAGGAAAAAAAAGGGAAGAGAGAGAGAGAAAGACGAAAGAGAGAGAGAGGAACAGGAAAAAAAAAAAGAAGAGAGAGCGAGAAAGAAGAAAGAGAGAGCGAGGCGACAGGAAAAACAAGAAGAAGCGAGAAAGCACAACAAGAAAGAGAGAGAAGAGAGAAUAAGGCCCUCAAAAAAAACAUUUAAGAGCCUAAGAGAAGAGUCAUCGAAGAACUACAAGACCUUAGAAAAAGGUGUGUACUGAGAUAGCAGUGACCGUCAGAGAGAGAGUAGAAAUCGGUAGUCGUCGUAUCUUGCAUACGGCCGCCCUACCCUCAAGAAAAAAGUGCAAAGAGGACAGAGGCACCAAGUUCCGCGAGGCCCGGUCAGGCAGGCCUGCGGGAGGGCAGAGAUGCGUACCGGGACGAGUGGGAGGAGGUUCCCAGGCUUGCAAGCUGGGCCCGCCCGCUCGCAUGAAGGACCGAGAUUUCAAGGGCUGAGACCGCGGGAAUGGCUGUGCCCGUAGAAGCGGAGCACGCACAGUACAGGCAGUCGGCGAUUGACGUACGAAUUGGGCACCCGGCGAGUGGGGCAGGCCGGCAGGGCAUGUGGAUGAGCUACACGGAGGGAGAAGUAGGACCACAAGAGGGGGGGGGCUGUAAGGGAUGGGAGAAAGUUAACUAACGGAGGGAGUAGAGGAGGGCUUUGAUGGAUCACCAGACGUAGAGGGGCAGGGCAGCGAGGGAAGAUGAUACGUAGUAAGGAUGGAGGAGUGACAGGAUAGGAAGACAGUAGAAGGAGCGAGCAUAUGCGUGGAAGAUGAAGAGAGAAGAUAAAAUCGAUAUUCAUAGAAAGAGAAUAGGAGAGAGAGAGGAAAAGGAAGAAAACGAAAGGAAACCGAUGAACGUAUAGUAAUGCAGAAACAAGAGCCAAAAAAAAGAAGGAUAAGAGAAGAGACGAAAAGUCAAGAGAAAGGAGAGUGCAGGAAAAAACAUGAAAGAAGUUUAGGGGAUACGAAAAGUAAAGAGAGAGAGAGAGAAAAGGAAAAAAGGAAGAGAGAGAAAGAAACGAAGAGAGGGAGAGAGAGAGAGAGAAAAAGGAAAAAAAGAAAGGAGAAGAGAAAGAAGAAAGAGAGGCGAGAGAAGAGAAGAGAGAGAGAGAGAGAGAGAGAGGGUGGAGGACGAGAGGAGCGGCAGAGAGAGAGAGAGAACGUGGAAAAAACAGGAAGAGAGAGAGAAAAAGGAAAACAAACAGGAAAAAAGGAGUCAUUGAGCAAGAAGAUGCUCACGAGAGUCGGAGCCAUAGACAAGAAAAAAUGAGAAGAUAGAGAGAAAAGGUAAAACCAAGGAAAGAGAGAGAGAAAGAAAGAAGAAAGAGAUAGAGCAAAGGAAAAAAAAGGAAGAGCGAGAAGAGAGAAAGAAAGGAGAGAGAGCACAGGAGAAACAAAAUAAAGAGAGGAGAGACACAGGGACAAACCCGUAUCAGAGAGUAAAGGCAAAAACUGGCGCGAGCGGCGAGGGAACAGUCCACUCUCCCUCAUAUUCCCCUAUCUCGCAAUCCCUCUCUCUCUCAGCAUCCCUAAUGAUGACUCCGGCCAGUCCAGCUGCUAUGAUCCAGAGCUGCCUGACCAGGAAACCCUGAUGUUGAUGGCUGCCCUCCUGUCCAGCCAACCCGACAAAGUUGAGCCAUGCUUGGGGAACCGGAGCCACUCAAGCACCCCGUCCCUAGAUGUGCUGGAGGUCCCAUGCCCUGGGCUCCAGGCUUCAGGCUUACCUCCAGAGGGAGGGGAGAGACACCUGGUCCAGACCCAGCUGGGAGGCCCUCAGAGCUGGGUAAACAUGGACUUCUAUGCCCAGGUCAGCGAUGUGACGCCCACCGGAGGGGUGGUGCUCUCGCCAGGCCAGCAGGUAAGAGCCCCGGAGAACGCUCCAACAACAGAGGAGGAUAAGAAGAAGAAGAAGGGGAAAAUGGAGGGAGGAGAGGAGAGUGAGGAAGAGGAGAAAAGGAGAAAGAAGAAGCUUCAGUUUCAGCUGCUGGUGGUGGCACCUGAGGCAGGGGGCUACACGACAGAGAGUAGUGGCCGGCAAAUGAGCACCCCUGACCCCUCCUCACCUGGGGAGAUCUACCACACCUUCCACCCACCUUCCGCCGAGAGCAAGCCCCACCAGGAGGCAUAUCUUCCUGCUAUCACCCCCCUAGGGGACUACCAGUCCCCCUACAUCCUUCCUGAUUCCCCCCCUGCUCAGUUCCUCCCCCCUGUUUCGGACUACACUGUGGUUCAGGAUGUUGAUUUCCAGCACAGCCUUCUCCUCAACCCCCCUUCCCCCCAGAGGUCCCCCACCUGCUCCCCACAACCCCUCUCCAAGCCGCUGCCCGUCAUGCCCAUAGGGUACCUCACCCCGGACCUGUUGGGCAACCUCUCGCCU